AUGCUGUUGCUACUACUCCUACUGUUAUGCCUUCUACUGCCGCUUCUUGUUACCCUGUGGCUUGUCUAUCGUCCUCCCUCUAAGCUGAUCCAGUACUUUCAGCAUCGCUGGCCGGACGUUCUUUGGCACGUGCCCACAUCCGACAAAGUCAUCGCCUUGACAAUCGACGAUGGCCCAUCGAUUCACACACGCGAGAUUCUGGGUAUCCUCAAAGAACACAAUGUUACGGCAACUUUUUUCGUGAUCGGGUCCAAUGCGAUUGGCAACCACAAGGAUAUCCUUCAGGACCUGAUCCGCAACGGCAAUGAACUUGCCAACCACGCGAUGAGCGAUGAGCCCUCGUACAAGCUUGACAACGCCGAACUGGCGUCACAAAUACGAGCGGUUGAACAGAUCAUUGACAACACUUAUCAGCUUGCCCCUUCUUCGGCGCGGAGUGCUCCCAGGUACUUUCGCCCUGGAUCUGGCUUUUUCACCACCCGGAUGCGAAAACUCCUGCAGGAGCUGGGUUAUACCCUCGUUUUAGGGGGGAUAUAUCCACAUGAUCCGCAAAUUUCUUUCUCGACAGUCAACGCUGCUCAUGUGUUGAGCAUGGCCCGGCCCGGCGGGAUAGUCAUCUGUCACGACGGGCGACGCUGGACGCCACCAAUGCUUAAGAUUGUUCUUCCAGAAUUAAAACGAAGAGGAUAUCGCAUUGUCACCGUUACAGAGUUAUUGGGCUCGCGAAUAUCAUAA